AUGGAGGAAAGUGAUACUAUCAAGGAUUUUAUAUCAAGAAUCACUCGAUUAAAGAAUCAAGUGAAGACAUGUGGAGAAACAGUCACGAAACAGUACAUUGUCGCAAAAAUCUUGCGUUCGCCAAGAUUUGGAAACAUGGUUGUAGCGAUUAAGGAAUUGAAUGAUCUUGCAAAGAUGAAAAAAAAGGAGCUGCAAAGCUCUCUUGAGGCUCAAGAGCAAAGUAUGGAGGAGAGAAAUAAUGAUAAAGCAAAGGCGGAGGUUGCUUUGCAAACUCGCUUCAACGAGAAGGACAAGAGAUUGAAAGAAAAAUGGCACAUGAAAAGUAAAGGCCAUUUUCAAAAUUUUGUGGAAGAGAGUCCCAAAGUUUCAAGAAUUAGACUUGUCAAAGGUGUGAGAGCAGCUGUAACAAAAAUGAUGGUCAAUGCAACUUUAGAGGUGAAAGGAAGAGGUUUUACAAAAUCAAGAAGCAAUGCUUUAAGUAUCAAAGAAACAUGUUGUAACCGAUUACGUAAAAGAUGUAAUUCAUUACAAGCAGAAGAAAAUAUCAUUAUGAGUACGGAAUGUUCAAUUCAGUGCAACGAGGAAUGGUAUUUGGACUCGGGGUGUUCUACUCAUAUGAUGGGGAUGAAGGAUUUGUUUGUUAAAAGCAAUCGUGCCAUGAAGAACAAAGUGAAGUUCACGGAUGACACCACUCUAGAAGCUGAUGGGAUCGCUGAUAUUUUGAUCAUAAGAAGGGAUGGUGGACAUUACUUGAUAAAAAAUGUAUUGUACAUUCUAGGAAUUAAAUGUAACCUUCUAAGUGUUGGCCAAUUUCUUGAGAACGGUUACAAAAUUCACAUGGAAAAUAAAGGGUUGUGUGUUAGGGAUGCAAACGGGGUUUUGGUGCUUAAAUAUCCUAUGGAUGCCAAUAUAACCUUCAAGGUUGAAUUGAAGGUUAUGGAGCAUAUAUGUCUUGCUAAAACGGCAAGUCGAGAAGAAUGGAUAUGA